AUGGAUGGAGACACUGUGGUCUUUGUGCAGAGAGGUGAUGGGGCUUCUCCAGGCCACACAGCCAAUGCAGGGUCUGGAGAGCUUUCUGUCCCCUGCUUCCCUGUUCAGGACUUCUUUGCCCCAUGUGACAAUUCAGAUGUGGAUGAUGACCGUGACCUCGUAUAUCUCUCUCUGUCCCCAGAGCCCAAGGUGGUAUUCGCCAAGGAGCAGCCUGCGUGCAGUGAGGUGAAGGCUGAGGCGGGAGCCAGUUCCACGCUGAGCUGCAAGGUGGCCCAGGCCCAGACAGAGGUGACAUGGUUCAAGGAUGGGAAGAAGCUGAGCUCCAGCUCGAAGGUGCGCAUGGAGGCCGCAGGCUGCACACGGCGGUUGGUGGUGCAGCAGGCAGGGAAGGCGGACGCUGGGGAGUACAGCUGCGAGGCCGGGGGCCAGAAGGUCUCCUUCCACCUGGAUGUCACAGAGCCCAAGGCAGUGUUCGCCAAGGAUCAGCUGGCACACAGCGAGGUGAAGGCUGAGGCGGGGGCCAGCGCCAUUCUGAGCUGCGAGGUGGCCCAGGCCCAGACGGAGGUGACCUGGUACAAGGAUGGGAAGAAGCUGAGCUCGAGCUCAAAGUUGCGCAUGGAGGCCACGGGCUGCACGCGGCGGCUGGUGGUGCAGAAGGUGGGGAAGGCGGAUGCCGGGGCGUACAGCUGCGAGGCCGGGGGCCAGAGGGUCUCCUUCCGCCUGGACGUCACAGGAUCUGGCUAUUUCUGGCCCCGUAGUAUAGUGACUGUGACCUUGUGCAUCUCCCUCUCUCCAGAGCACAAGGCAGUGUUCUCCAAGGAUCAGCCUGUGUGCAGCGAGGUGACGGCUGAGGCGGGGGCCAGUGCCACGCUGAGCUGCGAGGUGUCCCAGGCCCAGACGGAGGUGACGUGGUACAAGGAUGGGAAGAAGCUGAGCUCGAGCUCGAAGGUGCACGUGGAGGCCACAGGCUGCACGCGGCGGCUGGUGAUGCAGAAGGCAGAGAAGGUGGAUGCCGGGGAGUACAGCUGUGAGGCUGGGGGUCAGAGGGUCUCCUUCCGCCUGGAUGUCACAGAGCCUGCUGUGGUGUUUGCCAAGGAGCAGCCUGCACACAGCGAGGUGAAGGCCGGAGUGGGAGCCAGUGCCACGCUGAGCUGUGAGGUGGCCCAGGCCCAGGCAGAGGUUAUGUGGUUCAAGGACGGGAAGAAGCUGAGCUCGAGCUCGAAGGUGCACAUGGAAGCCACCGGCUGCAGGCGGCGGCUGGUGGUGCAGGAGGCAGGGAAGGCAGACGCCGGGGAGUACUGCUGCGAGGCCGGGGGCCAGAGGGUCUCCUUCCGCCUGAGCGUCACAGAACUGGAGCCCGAGCCCUCAGCCCCCGAGAGACCCUGCCGCAGGGAGCCUCUGGUGGUCAGGGAGCACGAGGACAUUGUCCUGACCGCCACACUGGCCACACCCUCUGUCGCCGCGGUGACUUGGCUCAAGGAUGGCGUGGAGAUUCGCCGCAGCAAGCGGCACGAGACGGCCAGCCUGGGGGACACCCAUACCCUGACGGUGCGCGGCGCCCAGGUCAUGGACAGCGCGGUCUAUAGCUGUCGCGUGGGCGCCGAGGGGCAGGACUUCCCGGUGCAGGUAGAAGAGGUGAUCGCCAAGUUCUGCCGAGCCCUGGAGCCCGUGAGCGGGGAGCCGGGCGGCACGGUGACGCUGACGUGCGAGCUGAGCCCGGCGCAGGCGGAGGUGGUGUGGCGCUGCGGGAGCACGCAGCUGCGACCCGGCAAGCGCUUCCGGAUGGCCGCCGCGGGGACCCUGCGCUCGCUCACCGUGUCGGGCCUGCGCCCGGAGGACGCGGGAGAGUACGUGUGCGAGUGCCGCGACGACCGCACCGGCGCGCGGCUCACCGUCCACGUGCCCCGCGUGGUCAAGUUCACGUCUGGGCUGAGCGCCGUGGUCGCGGAGGAGGGUCGCGAGGCCACCUUCGAGUGCGUGGUGUCUCCCGGCGAUGCGGCCGUCACAUGGUUCCGGGAAGGCGCCCAGCUGCAGCCCAGCGAGAAGUUUGUCAUAUCGCAGGAGGGCGCCAGCCACAGCCUGACUAUAUCGGGCCUGGCGCUGGAGGACGCGGGCCAGAUCACCGCGGAGGCUGAGGGCGCCUCGACCUCGGCGGCCCUCCGGGUCCGAGAGGCCCCAGUGUUGUUCAAAAGGAAGCUGGAACCGCAGACGGUGGAGGAGAGGAGCUCGGUGACGCUGGAGGUGGAGCUGACGCGCCCGUGGCCGGAGGUGAAGUGGACGCGGAAUGCGGCGGCCCUGGCGCCGGGCGAGAACGUGGAGAUCCACGCCGAGGGAGCGCGUCACCGCCUGGUUCUGCUCAGCGUGGGUUUCACCGACCGCGGGUUCUUUGGCUGCGAGACGCCCGAUGACCAGACGCAGGCCAAGCUCACCGUGGAGAUGCGCCAGGUCCGUCUGGUGCGGGGUCUGCAGUCGGUGGAGGCGCAGGAACAGGGCGCAGCCACCAUGGAGGUGGAGCUGUCACACGCGGACGUGGAGGGCACCUGGACGCGCGACGGCCUGCGGCUCCACCCGGGGCCCACGUGCCACCUGGCGGUGCACGGCCCCAUCCACACCCUCACGCUGUCGGAGCUGCGGCUGCAGGAUAGCGGCCUUGUCGCCUUCAAGGCUGAGGGCGUGAAUACAUCGGCGCAGCUCGUCGUCACUGAGCUGCCUGUGAGGUUUACCCGCCCGCUACAGGACGUGGUGGCCACUGCAAAGGAGAAGGUGACCCUGGAGUGUGAACUGUCACGUCCCAACGUCGACGUGCGCUGGCUGAAGGAUGGCGUGGAGCUGCGGGUGGGCAAGACGGUGGGCAUAAAGGCCCAGGGCUCUUGCAGGAGUCUCAUCAUUCACCGGUGUGAGCUUGGGGAUCAGGGCGUCUAUGUGUGUGAUGCUGGUGAUGCUCAGAGCUCGGCUUCUGUGAAGGUGCAAGGCCGCAACAUCCAGAUCGUAAGGCCCCUGGAGGAUGUCGAGGUGAUGGAGAAGGAAGGAGCCACCUUCUCCUGUGAGGUCUCCCACGACGAGGUGCCUGCCCAGUGGUUCCGGGAGGGCAGUAAGCUGCAUCCCAGUGACAACGUACGCAUCCGCCAGGAAGGAAGGACAUACAUUCUGAUCUACCGGAGGGUCCUGGUGGAAGAUGCAGGGGAGAUCAAAUUUGUAGCUGAAAAUGAAGAAUCACGAGCCCAGCUCCGAGUGAAAGAGCUGCCGGUGACGCUCCUGCGCCCGCUGCGGGACAAGAUCGCCAUGGAGAAGCACCGUGGUGUGCUGGAGUGCCAGGUGUCCCGGGCUAGUGCCCAGGUGCAGUGGCUGAAGGGCAGAGUGGAGCUGCAGCCGGGUCCCAAGUACGAAAUGGUCAGCGACGGCCUUUACCGCAAGCUGGUCAUCAACGACGUGCAGCCGGAGGAUGAGGACAUCUACACCUGUGACGCGGGUGGCGCCAAGACCAGCGCCCAGUUCUUUGUGGAAGAGCAAUCCAUCACCAUCGUGCGGGGCCUGCAGGACGUGACAGUGAUGGAGCCCGCUCCCGCCUGGUUCGAGUGCGAGACCUCCAUCCCCUCAGUGAGGCCACCCAAGUGGCUCCUGGGGAAGACGGUGCUGCAGGCUGGGGCAAAUGUGGGCCUGGAGCAGGAGGGCACUGUGCACCGGCUGACAUUGCGGCGCACCUGCUCCACCAUGACCGGGCCCGUGCACUUCACCAUCGGCAAGUCCCGCUCCUCAGCACACCUUGUUGUCUCUGACAUCCCUAUGGUGCUCAUGCGGCCACUGGAGCCCAAGGUGGGGCGUGAAUUGCAGUCGGUGGUCCUGUCCUGUGACUUCAGGCCUCCUCCCAAAGCUGUGCAGUGGUACAAGGAUGAUGUGCCCCUGAUCCCAUCCAACAAGUUCAAGAUGAGGCUGGAGGGCCAGAUGGCCGAGCUGCGCAUCCUCCGGCUCAUGCCUGCUGAUGCUGGCAUUUACCGGUGCCAGGCGGGCAGUGCCCAGAGCAGCACCGAGGUCACUGUGGAAGUACGGGAGGUGACAGUCACGCAGCCGCUGCAGGAUGCUGAGGCCACAGAAGAGGGCCGGGUGUGCUUCUCGUGCGAGCUGUCCCAUGAGGAUGAGGAGAUCGAGUGGUCACUCAACGGGACGCCCUUGUACAAUGACAGCUUCCAUGAGAUCACCCACGAGGGCCGCCGCCACACGCUGGUGCUGAAGAGCGUCCGGCAGGCGGGCGCGGGCACUGUGCGAGCCUCCUCCCGCAAGGUGACAGCCUCUGCACGCCUUGAGGUCAGAGCGAAGCCGGUGGUGUUCCUGAAGGCACUGGACGACGUGUCUGCUGAGGAGCACAGCACGCUGACCCUGCAGUGUGAGGUCUCAGAGCCCGAGGCCCGCGUGGUGUGGCGCAAGGAUGGCGUGGACCUGGGCCCUAGCGACAAGUACAACUUCCUGCACACGGCGGGCAUGCGAGGGCUCAUGGUGCAUGACCUGAGUCACAAAGACGCCGGUCUGUACACCUGCCAUGUGGGCACCGAGGAGACCCGGGCCUGCAUCAGUGUGCACGACCUGCUCGUGGGCAUCACCAAGAGGCUGAAGACGGUGGAGGUGUUGGAGGGCGAGAGCAGCAGCUUUGAGUGCGUCCUGUCCCGUGAGAGCGCUGACGACCUAGCCACGUGGACUGUCGCUGGGAAGACUGUGGGCAGCUCCGGCCACUUCCAGGCUGUGCGCCAGGGCCGCAAGUACACACUGAUGGUCCGAGACGCUGCGCUGAGUGACGCCGGGGAGGUGGUUUUCUCUGUGCGGGGCCUCACCUCCAAGGCCUCGCUCAUUGUCAGAGAGAGGCCGGCAGACAUCACGAAGCCUCUGGAAGACCAGCAGGCCAUACCGGGGGAGGACGUGGUGCUGAGCUGUGAGCUGUCCCGGGCGGGCACCCCAGUGCGCUGGCUGAAGGACGGGAAGGCCAUCCGCAAGAGUCAGAAGUACAACGUGCUCAGUGAAGGCACACGGGCCAUGCUGGUCAUCCGCGGAGCCUCACUCAAGGAUUCGGGCGAGUACACAUGUGAGACAGAAGCUUCCAAGAGCACAGCCAGGCUCCACGUGGGAGAGAAGGCAAACCGGUUCACGGAGGAGCUGUCUGACCUGCAGGUGGAGGAGAAGGGCACGGCCGUGUUCAUGUGCAAGACGGAGCGGCCCGUGGACACAGUGACCUGGUACAAGGGUAUCACUGAGCUGCAGAGCUCGGAGAAGCACAUGCCCAGCCAGGAGGGCCUGACCUUGAGGCUCACCAUCAGCGCUCUGGAGAAGGCAGACAGCGACACAUAUAUCUGCGACAUUGGCCAGGCCCAGACCCGGGCCCAGCUCCUGGUGCGAGGCCAGACAGUGCUCGUCACCGAGGACCUAGAGGAUGCAGACGUGCAGGAGGGCUCCUCAGCUACUUUCUGCUGCCGUGUGUCCCCUGCUGACUACGGGCCAGUGCACUGGUUCCUGGAUAAGACCCCUCUGCAUGCCAGUGAGCUCAAUGAGAUUGAGGUCCAGCCUGGGGGCUACCACAUACUUACCCUGCGGCAGCUGGCGCUCAAGGACUCGGGCACGGUUCACUUUGAGGCAGGCGACCAGCGGACCUCAGCCAACCUGCGGGUCACUGAGAAGCCAGCCGUCUUCUCCCGGGAGCUCUCAGAUGCCACAGUCACAGAGGGCGAGGACCUGACCCUCGUCUGUGAGACCACCAUUCCAGACAGCCCCGUGUGCUGGACCAAGGACGGGAAGGUGCUGCGGCCAUCUGCCCGGUGCCAGCUGACCUAUGAGGGCCGCCGGGCCCAGCUGGUCAUCACAGGUGCCACCGUGCAGGACGGUGGGCGCUACAAGUGUGAGGCCAGUGGGGCCGGGAGCAGCUCCAUCGUCAGGGUCCACGCUCGGCCAGUGUGGUUCCGGGAGUCCCUGAAAGACACGGAGGUGCUGGAGAGUGGUGCCGUGACUCUGCGCUGCAUGCUGUCGUCUGUGGCUGCACCCGUGGAGUGGCGCCGGGGAGACGACAUCCUGAGGCCCGGGGGCAAAUACAGGCUGCGCCAGGAGGGCGCCCUGCUGGAGCUGGUGGUCCAGGACCUGCAGCCCCAGGACAGUGGGAAGUACUCAUGCUCCUUUGGGGAUCAGACGACCUCCGCCACACUCACCGUGAAGGCCCUGCCUGCCCAAUUCAUAGGAGGACUAAGAAACAAGGAGGCCACCGAAGGGACCGUGGCCACAAUGAGGUGUGAGCUGAGCAAGGAGGCCCCUGUGGAGUGGAGGAAGGGGACAAAGACCCUCAGAGAUGGGGACAAAUACAGCCUGAGGCAGGACGGGGCUGUGUGUGAGCUGCAGAUCCGUGGCCUGGCUGCGGCAGAUGCUGGGGAGUACGCGUGCGUGUGUGGGCAGGAGAGGAGCUCGGCCACGCUGACCGUCAGGGCUCUGCCUGCCCACUUCAUAGGAAGACUAAGAAACAGGGAGGCCACAGAAGGGGACACGGCCACGCUGCACUGUGAGCUGAGUAAGGCAGCCCCUGUGGAGUGGAGGAAGGGGCCUGAAAUCCUCAGAGAAGGGGACAGAUUCAGCCUGAGGCAGGAUGGGGCUGUGUGUGAGCUGCAGAUCCAUGGCCUGGCCGUGGCGGACGCUGGGGAGUACGUGUGCGUGUGUGGGCAGGAGAGGACCUCGGCCACGCUGACCGUCAGAGCCCUGCCUGCCAAGUUCACAGAGGGUCUGAGAAAUGAAGAGGCCACAGAAGGGGCCACGGCCACGCUGCAUUGUGAGCUGAGCAAGAAGGUCCCCGUGGAGUGGAGGAAGGGGAUGAAGACCCUCAGAGAUGGGGACAAAUACAGCCUGAGGCAGGAUGGGGCCGUGUGUGAGCUGCAGAUCCGUGGCCUGGCCAUGGCAGAUGCUGGGGAGUACUCGUGCGUGUGUGGGCAGGAGAGGACCUCGGCCACGCUGACCGUCAGGGCCCUGCCUGCCAGAUUCAUAGAAGAUGUGAGAAGCCAAGAGGCCACGGAAGGGGACACAGCGACGCUGAGGUGUGAGCUGAGCAAGGCAGCCCCUGUGGAGUGGCAGAAGGGAACAGAGACCCUCAGAGAUGGGGACAGAUACAGCCUGAGGCAGGAUGGGGCCGUGUGUGAGCUGCAGAUCCGUGGCCUGGCCGUGGCAGAUGCUGGGGAGUACGCGUGCGUGUGUGGGCAGGAGAGGACUUUGGCCACGCUGACCGUCAGGGCCCUGCCCGCCAAGUUCACAAAAGAUAUGAGAAAUGAAGAGGCCACGGAAGGGGACACGGCCAUGCUGCGGUGUGAGCUGAGCAAGGUGGCCCCUGUGGAGUGGAAGAAGGGAACAGAGACCCUGAGAGAUGGGGACAGAUACAGACUGCGGCAGGAUGGGGCCGUGUGUGAGCUGCAGAUCCGUGGCCUGGCCAUGGCAGACGCUGGGGAGUACUCGUGUGUGUGUGGGCAGGAGAGGAGCUCGGCCACGCUGACCGUCAGGGCCCUGCCUGCCAAGUUCACAAAAGGUCUGAGUAAUGAAGAGGCCACAGAAGGGACCAUUACCACGCUGCAGUGUGAGCUGAGCAAGGCGGCCCCUGUGGAGUGGAGGAAGGGGACGAAGACCCUCAGAGAUGGGGACAGAUACAGACUGAGGCAGGACGGGGCCGUGUGUGAGCUGCAGAUCCGUGGCCUGGCCGUGGCAGAUGCCGGGGAGUACGCGUGUGUGUGUGGGCAGGAGAGGAGCUCGGCCACGCUGACCGUCAGGGCUCUGCCUGCCCACUUCAUAGGAAAACUGAGAAACAAGGAGGCAACAGAAGGGGACACGGCCACGCUGCGGUGUGAGCUGAGCAAGGAGGCUCCUGUGGAGUGGAGGAAGGGACCUGAGACCCUCAGAGAUGGGGACAGAUAUAGCCUGAAACAGGAUGGUGCCAUGUGUGAACUGGAGAUAUGUGGCCUGGCCGUGAUGGACACUGGACAGUACUCGUGUGUGUGUGGGCAGGAGAGGACUUCAGCCAUUCUGACUGUCAAGGCUCUUGCUCAGUUCACUCAAGAUCUGAAAGCCAAGGAGGCUAUGGAAGGGGCCACAGCCACGCUGUGGUGUGAGCUGAGCAAGGCAGCCCCCGUGGAGUGGAGGAAGGGGCCUGAGACCCUCAGAGAUGGGGACAGAUACAGACUGUGGCAGGAUGGGGCCGUGUGUGAGCUGCAGAUCCUUGACCUGUCCAUGGCAGAUGCUGGGGAGUUCCUGUGUGUAUGUGGUCAGGAGAGGACCUCAGCCACACUGACCAUCAAGGCCCUGCCCGCCAAGUUCACAGAAGGUCUGAGGAAUGAAGAGGCCACAGAAGGAACCACAGUCACACUGCAGUGUCAGAUGAACAAGACAGCCCCUGUGGAGUGGAGGAAGGGAACAAAAACCCUCAGACAGGGGGAGAGAUAUAACCUGCAGCAGGACGGGGCCGUGUGUGAGCUGCAGAUCCGUGACCUGUCCGUGGCGGACGCUGGGGAGUACUCGUGCGUGUGUGGGCAGGAGAGGAGCUCGGCCACGCUGACCGUCAGGGCCCUGCCUGCCAGAUUCAUAGAAGAUGUGAGAAGCCAAGAGGCCACAGAAGGGGACACAGCGACGCUGAGGUGUGAGCUGAGCAAGGCAGCCCCUGUGGAGUGGCAGAAGGGAACAGAGACCCUCAGAGAUGGGGACAGAUACAGACUGCGGCAGGAUGGGGCCGUGUGUGAGCUGCAGAUCCGUGGCCUGGCCGUGGCAGACGCCGGGGAGUACUCGUGCGUGUGUGGGCAGGAGAGGAGCUCGGCCACACUCACCGUCAGGGCUCUGCCUGCCAGAUUCAUAGAAGACGUGAGAAGCCAAGAGGCCACAGAAGGGGACACGGCCGUGCUGCGGUGCGAGCUGAGCAAGGCGGCCUCUGUGGAGUGGAGGAAGGGGACGAAGACCCUCAGAGAUGGGGACAGAUACAGCCUGAAGCAGGACGGGGCCGUGUGUGAGCUGCAGAUCCGUGACCUGGUUGUGGCAGAUGCUGGGGAGUACUCGUGCGUGUGUGGGCAGGAGAGGACCUCGGCCACGCUGACCGUGAAAGCCCUGCCUGCUCGAUUCAUUCAAGAUCUGAAGACCAAGGAGGCCACAGAAGGGGCCACGGCCACGCUGCAUUGUGAGCUGAGCAAGAAGGUCCCCGUGGAGUGGAGGAAGGGGACGAAGACUCUCAGAGAUGGGGACAAAUACAGCCUGCGGCAGGAUGGGGCCGUGUGUGAGCUGCAGAUCCGUGGCCUGGCCGUGGCAGACGCUGGGGAGUACUCGUGUGUGUGUGGGCAGGAGAGGAGCUCGGCCACGCUGACCGUCAGGGCCCUGCCCGCCAAGUUCACAAAAGAUAUGAGAAAUGAAGAGGCCACGGAAGGGGACACGGCCAUGCUGCGGUGUGAGCUGAGCAAGGUGGCCCCUGUGGAGUGGAAGAAGGGAACAGAGACCCUGAGAGAUGGGGACAGAUACAGACUGCGGCAGGAUGGGGCCGUGUGUGAGCUGCAGAUCCGUGGCCUGGCCAUGGCAGACGCUGGGGAGUACUCGUGUGUGUGUGGGCAGGAGAGGAGCUCGGCCACGCUGACCGUCAGGGCUCUGCAGGUGGUUUUCCGGAAGCCUCUGCAGAGCCUGCAGGCUGAGGAGGGUUCCACAGCCAGCCUGCACUGUGAGCUGUCCCUGUCCAACGCUGCCGUGGUCUGGAGCAAGGGCGGCCUGGAACUGCAGGCCGACGGGCGCCGGGAGCCAUGGCAGCAGGGCCACGUGGCCGAGCUGGUUCUGCGGGACUUGCGCCGCGAGGAUGCCGGCGAGUACACCUGCGCCUGCGGCUCCCAGGCUACCAGCGCCAUGCUCACCGUCACAGCUGCUCCCGUGCGGUUCCUCAGGGAGCUGCAGGCCCAGGAGGUGGAUGAGGGCACCACGGCACAUCUGCGCUGCGAGCUGAGCCGGGCGGGCACGGGCGUGGAGUGGCGCAAGGGCUCCCUGGAGCUCUUCCCCUGUGCCAAGUACCAGAUGGUGCGGGAGGGUGCUCUUGCAGAGCUGUUGGUGUGUGGUGCUGAACAGGAGGACUCAGGCGACUACACCUGCGACACAGGCCAUGCACAGAGCACCGCCAGCCUCUCUGUCCGCGCCCCCAGGCCCAAGUUCAAGACCCGGCUGCAGAGCUUGGAGGAGGAGGCAGGGGAAGUUGCCCGGCUAUGCUGCCAGCUGAACGAGGGGGAGCCGGGGACCCCUGUGCAGUGGCUCAAGGAGGGCGUGGAGCUGCACAUAGGCCCCAAGUAUGAGAUGCGGCACCAGGGGGCCACAUGCGAGUUGCUGAUCCAUGCGCUAGAGGACAAGGACACUGGCGAGUACGCCUGCGUGGUGGAUGGCCAGAAAACCUUGGCCUCCCUCAGGGUCAAAGAGCCUGAGGUGACCAUUUUGCGGGGGCUUGUGGACACUGAGGCACAGGCCGAUGGCGACGUGGAGUUCAGCUGUGAGGUGUCACGCGCUGGUGCCAUGGAUGUGCAAUGGAGUCUCCAGGGCCUGCCUCUGCAGACCAACGAGGUGACAGAGGUAGCCGUGCGGGAUGGCUGCACCCACACGCUCUGGCUGAAAGGCGUGACUCCUGAGGAUGCUGGCACUGUCUCCUUCCGCGUGGGUGGCCACACGUCCUCUGCCCAGCUCACUGUUCGAGUCCCUGAGGUGACCAUCCUGGAGCCCCUACAGGACGUGCAGCUCAGCGAGGGCCAAGAUGCCCGUUUCUGGUGCCGGCUGUCCAGGGCCUUGGGCCAGGAGGCCUGCUGGGCUUUGGAAGGGGUGCCCUUGCAGGCCAAUGAGAUGAACGACAUCACCGUGGAACAGGGCACGCUCCACUCGCUCACCCUGCACAAGGUGACCCUCGAGGAUGCUGGAACCAUCAGUUUCCAAGUGGGCACUUGCAGCUCAGAGGCCCAGCUGAAGGUCACAGCCAAGAACACAGUGGUCCGAGGCCUGGAGAAUGUGGAGGCCCCCGAGGGUGGCGAGGCGCUGUUCGAGUGCCAGCUGUCCCGGCCUGAAGUGGCCGCCCACACGUGGCUGCUGGAUGACGAGCCCGUGCACACUUCAGAGAAUGCUGAGGUGGUCUACUUCGAGAAUGGCCUGCGGCACCUGCUGCUGCUUAAAAACCUGCGGCCACAGGACAGCUGCCGGGUGACUUUCCUGGCUGGGGAUAUGGUGACGUCGGCAUUCCUCACCGUCAGAGGCUGGCGCCUGGAAGUCCUUGAGCCCCUGAAGGACGUGGCUGUGGGAGCUGGUGCACAGGCCCGCUUCAGCUGCAUGCUCAGCGAGGUAGUGCCUGUGGGCGAGGCCUCCUGGUACAUCAAUGGGGCCUUGAUCCAGCCAGAUGACACCGACUGGACGGUCACCGCCGAUGGCAGCCAGCACGCUUUGUUGCUCCACAACGCUCAGCUGCACCAUGGCGGGGAGGUCACCUUCGCUGCCCGCGACGCUGUGGCCUCGGCACGGCUCACGGUGCUGGGCAUCCCCGAUCCCCCAGAGGAUGCUGAGGUGGUGGGUCGCAGUGGCAGCUCUGUGACACUGUCCUGGGUGGCUCCCACAAGCGAUGGCGGUGGUGGUCUCUGUGGCUAUCGGGUGGAGAUGAAGGAGAGGACCACGGGCCAGUGGCGGCUGUGCCAUGAGCUGGUGCCUGGGCCCGAGUGUGUUGUGGAUGGCUUGACCCCCGGGGAGACCUACCGCUUCCGCGUGGCAGCUGUAGGCCCUGCAGGCACUGGGGAGCCUGUGCACCUGCCCCAAAUGGUCAGGCUCGAGCCCCAGGAACCUGCACCUCCCCGACCCCCGGCCCCUGAGAGCCGGCAGGUGGCUGUGGGUGAGGACAUAUAUCUGGAGUUUGAGCUGGCAGCUGAGGCUGGUGAAGUGGUCUGGCACAGGGGGACAGAGCACAUCCAGCCCAGCGGGCACUUCGAGAUCCUCUCCCAGGGUCAGCGGCAGACGCUGGUGAUCAGGGGCUUCACUGUAGAAGACCAGGGCGAGUACCGCUGCAGCCUGGCCCAGGGCCCAGCCUCCACCGUGGCUGCCACCUUCCGGGUGGCGUUGACCCCGGGAUCUGAGGGUGAAGCCCCUGUGCAGCCCAGCCUGCCCCCCGAGGCGGCCCAGGAAGGAGACCUGCACCUGCUGUGGGAGGCUGUGGCCCGGAAGCGCCGCAUGAGCCGAGAACCCACGCUGGACUCCAUCAGUGAAAUGCCUGAGGAUGGCCGCGUGCAGCGCCUGCGGCAGGAGGCAGAAGAGGCAGCCCCUGACCUCUCUGAGGGCUACUCCACAGCCGAUGAGCUGGCACGCACCGGAGAGGCUGACCUCUCGCACACCAGCUCUGAUGACGAAUCUUGGGUGGGCACCCCUUCCCUGGUUGCCUACCUCAAGAAGGCUGGGAGGCCUGGCACCUCACUGCUGGCCAGCAAGACGGGGGCCCCAGGAGCUCCUUCUGUGAAGCCACAGAAGCAGCAGGGGCAGCCAUCCACAGUGCGCUCAUCACCGGGAGACCUGAGUGCCAAGGAUCUGGGUGACCCCUCCAUGGACAAGGCAGCUGUGAAGAUCCAGGCUGCCUUUAAAGGCUACAAGGUCCGGAAGGAGAUGAAGCAGCAGGAAGGGCCCGUGUUCUCCCGCACAUUUGGUGACACUGAGGCACAGGUGGGGGACGCCCUGCGGCUGGAGUGUGUGGUGGUCAGCAAGGCAGAUGUGCGGGCCCACUGGCUGAAAGAUGGUGUGGAGCUGACUGAUGGGCGGCAUCACCACAUUGACCAGCUUGCAGAUGGCACCUGCUCUCUGCUGGUCACUGGCUUGGGCCAUGCCGAUGCUGGCCGCUACACCUGUCAAGUGAGCAACAAGUUUGGCCAUGUGGCCCACAGUGCUUGUGUAGUGGUUAGCGGGACAGAGAGUGAGGCUGAGAGCUCCUCAGGGGGGGAGCUGGACGAUGCCUUCCGCCGGGCUGCCCGGCGGCUGCACCGGCUCUUCUGCACCAAGGGCCCGGCUGAAGUUUCAGAUGAGGAGAUUUUCGUCAGUGCAGAUGAGGGCACCGUGGAGCCAGAGGAACCCACAGACUGGCAGACAUACCAUGAAGAUGAAAAUUUUGUUUGCAUCUGUUUUGAGGCACUUGCUGAAGCCCGCCGGGCGGUCACCUGCUUCCAGGACAUGUUUGCCACGCUGGGCAUUGGGGUGGAGAUCAACCUCGUGGAGCAGGGACCCCGGGGGGUGGAGAUGCGCAUCACCAAGGUGGCCCCCACCCCUGCAGUGCCUCCAGAGCCAGUGCCCAGCCUGCUGACCUCUGAUGCUGCCCCAGUGUUCCUGACAGAGCUACAGAACCAAGAAGUACAGGAUGGGUAUCCCGUGAGCUUCGACUGCACGGUGACAGGCCAGCCCGUGCCCAGCGUGCGCUGGUUCAAGGAUGGGAAGUUGUUGGAGGAGGAUGAUCACUACAUGAUCAACGACGACCAGCAGGGUGGCCACCAGCUCAUCAUCACGGCUGUGGUGCCGUCGGACAUGGGCGUCUACCGCUGCCUGGCCGAGAACAGCAUGGGUGUCUCCUCCACCAAAGCUGAGCUCCGCGUAGACUUGACAAGCACAGACUACGACACCGCAGCUGAUGCUACAGAGACAUCAUCGUACUUCAGCGCCCAGGGCUACCUGUCCAGCCGGGAGCAAGAGGGAACGGAGUCUACCACGGAUGACGGGCAGCUGCCCCAGGUGGUGGAGGAUCUAAAAGACCUCCAGGUGGCUCCUGGCACGCGUCUGGCCAAGUUCCAGCUCAAGGUGAAAGGCUACCCGGCACCCAGACUGUACUGGUUCAAAGAUGGACAGCCCCUGACUGCAUCUGCCCACAUCCGCAUGACCGACAAGAAGACCCUGCACACCCUGGAGGUCGUCUCAGUCAGCCAGGAGGAUGCUGGCCAGUACGCAGUCUACAUCAGCAAUGCUGUGGGCGCUGCCUACUCAUCUGCCCGGCUGCUGGUCCGAGGCGCUGAUGAACCAGAAGAGAAGCCAGCAUCAGAUGUGCAUGAGCAGCUGGUGCCACCCCGAAUCCUGGAGAAGUUUACCCCCAAGAAAGUGAAGAAGGGCUCCAGCAUCACUUUUUCGGUGAAGGUAGAAGGACUCCCAGCCCCAGCCGUGCACUGGCUCAGGGAGGAGGCCGAGAGGGGUGUGCUGUGGAUCAGCCCUGACACGCCAGGCUACACCAUGGCCAGCUCUGCCCAGCAGCACAGCCUGGUCCUACUGGAUGUGGGCCGGCAGCACCAGGGCACCUACACAUGCAUUGCCACCAAUGCCGCUGGGCAGGCCCUCUGCUCUGCCAGCCUGCACGUCUCAGGCCUGCCUAAGGAGGAAGAGCAGGAGAAAGUGAAGGAGGCUCUCAUCUCCACUUUCCUGCAAGGGACAACCCAAGCCAUCUCAGCACAGAUGUCAGAAUCCGCAGGUUUCACCGACCUCGCCGGGCAGACGAAAGGAGAACCCCUGGCGACUGAGGAAGCCCGCAGCCACCUGUCCCUUGCUGAGGUGGGCACGGAGGAGUUCCUGCAGAAACUCACCUCUCAGAUCACUGAGAUGGUAUCAGCCAAGAUCACGCAGGCCAAGCUACAGGUGCCCGGAGGUGACAGUGAUGAGGAGUCCAAGACGCCGUCUGCAUCCCCCCGGCAUGGCCGAUCGCGACCUUCCUCCAGUGUCCAGGAGUCUUCCUCCGAGUCAGAGGACGGCGACUCCCGCGGCGAGAUCUUUGACAUCUAUGUAGUCACGGCCGACUACCUGCCCCUGGGGGCCGAGCAGGAUGCUAUCACGCUGCGGGAAGGCCAGUAUGUGGAGGUCCUUGACUCGGCCCACCCACUGCGCUGGCUUGUGCGCACCAAACCCACCAAAUCCAGCCCCUCGAGGCAGGGCUGGGUGUCACCUGCCUACCUGGACAAGAGGCUCAAGCUAUCACCUGAGUGGGGGCCCACUGAGGCCCCUGAGUUCCCGAGGGAAGCCAUGUCUGAAGAUGAGUACAAGACGAAGCUGAGCUCCAUCAUCCAGGAGCUGCUGAGCUCUGAGCAGGCCUUCGUGGACAAGCUGCAGUUCCUGCAGAGCCAUCAUAUGCAGCACCUGGAACACUGCCCGCGUGUGCCCACCGCCGUGGCCAGCCAGAAGGCUGUCAUCUUCCGCAACGUGGAGGACAUCAGCCGCUUCCACAGCAGCUUCCUGCAGGAGCUGCAGCACUGUGACACGGAUGACGACGUGGCCAUGUGCUUCAUCAAGAACCAGGUAGCCUUUGAGAAGUACCUCGAGUUCCUGGUGGGCCGAGUGCAGGCUGAGUCGGUGGUCGUCAGCACGGCUGUGCAGGAGUUCUACAAGAAAUACGCGGAGGAGGUGCUGUCAGGUGGAGAUCCCUUGCAGCCGCUCCCACUGCCGCUGCAGCACUAUCUGGAGCAGCCAGUGGAGCAGGUGCAGCGGUACCAGACCCUGCUGAAGGAGCUGAUCCGCAACAAGGCUCGGAACCGGCAGAACUGUGCGCUGCUGGAGCAAGCCUACGCUGUGGUGUCAGCCCUGUCCCCACGUGCCGAGAACAAGCUGCAUGUGUCGCUCAUGGAGAACUACCCGGGCACCCUGGAGGCCCUGGGCGAGCCCAUCCGCCAGGGCCACUUUAUCGUAUGGGAGGGAGCUCCGGGGGCCCGGAUGCCCUGGAAGGGCCACAACCGCCACGUCUUCCUCUUCCGCAACCACUUGGUGAUCUGCAAGCCCCGGCGAGACUCUCGCACUGACACCUUCAGCUAUGUGUUCCGGAACAUGAUGAAGCUGAGCAGCAUCGACCUGAAUGAUCAGGUGGAAGGGGACGACCGCGCCUUUGAGGUGUGGCACGAGCGAGAGGACUCAGUGCGCAAGUAUCUGCUGCAGGCACGGACAGUUAUCAUCAAGAACUCCUGGGUGAAGGAGAUCUGUGGCAUCCAGCAGCGCCUGGCCCUGCCCGCAUGGCGUCCCCCAGAUUUCGAAGAGGAACUGGCUGACUGCACAGCUGAGCUGGGCGAGACAGUCAAGUUGGCCUGCCGUGUGAUGGGCACACCCAAGCCUGUCGUCAGCUGGUACAAAGACGGGAAGCCAGUGGAGGUGGACCCUCACCACAUCCUCAUUGAAGACCCUGAUGGCUCCUGUGCCCUCAUCUUGGACAAUCUGACUGGAGUAGACUCCGGCCAGUACAUGUGCUUUGCAGCCAGUGCUGCUGGCAAUGCUAGCACCCUGGGCAAGAUCCUGGUGCAAGUCCCUCCACGGUUUGUGAACAAGGUCCGGGCCACGCCCUUUGUGGAGGGAGAGGAUGCCCAGUUUACCUGCACCAUGGAAGGCACCCCAUACCCUCAGAUCAGGUGGUACAAGGACAGGGCCCUGUUGACCCCUGGCAGCAAGUACCGGAUGUUGAGUGAGCCCCGCAGUGGCAUUCUGGUGCUGGUGAUCCGGGCAGCCGGCAAGGAGGACCUGGGACACUACGAGUGUGAGUUGGUGAACCGGCUGGGCUCCACGCGUGGCGGUGCAGAGUUGUACGUACAGAGCCCUGCGUUGCAGGCCCGGGACCAGCACCACGGGGAGCAGCUCAUGGCUGCUGUGGAAGAUGCCACUCCAUCCCUGGCCACCGUGGAGGACACUGUCCACCCCGCCCUGGAUCGAGUGGACCAGGAGGUCACAUCUGUCCUGGGGAGACUGCUGAGCCCUGAGGCCCCAGGCUUCUUUGCACAGGAUCUCGCCAGCCUCAGCCCUGGAGGGGCACCCACACUCCAGGAGGCUGGCCACCAGCGCCCAGGCGCCAGAGUCUUGGACGCACCUGCUGAGCCCCCAAAGGUUCCGCAGCCCAUUCCCCAUGAAGGCCUGGAGCAGGAGACAGCGGCUGGUGCCGGGGUCCAGGAACGGACUGUGCCCAUUCGGAUGGAGAGCGCGUCCUGGCCAAGGGCAGGUGCAGGGGAGCUGCUCUGGGACAUACACAGCCAAGUGGUUACGGAGACCACACAAAGGACCUACGUGUACCAGGCCAUCAACGUGGGCACCGCAAGACCCCCAUCUAUGCAGGUCACCAUUGAGGAUGUGCAGGUACAGACAGGUGGCACAGCACAGUUUGAGGCUGUCAUUGAGGGCAACCCGCAGCCCACGGUGACCUGGUACAAGGACAAUGUCCAGCUCGUGGACAGUGCCCAGCUCAGCCAGCAGCAGGACGGGACCACAUACUCCCUGGUGCUGAAGGACGUGGCCCAGCACGACGCUGGUGUGUACACCUGCCUGGCCCACAAUGCUGGCGGCCAGGUGCUCUGCAAGGCGGAGCUGCUGGUCCAAGGGGGGGACAGUGAGCCAGACUUGGAAAAGCAAAGCUACCGGAGGAAGCUACACUCCUUCUACGAGGUCAAGGAGGAGAUUGGAAGGGGUGUGUUUGGCUUCGUGAAAAGAGUACAGCACAAAGGAAAUAAGAUCUCAUGUGCUGCCAAGUUCAUUCCCCUGCGGAGCAAAACUCGGACUGAGGCAUACCGGGAGCGAGACGUCCUGACCACACUGAGCCACCCUCUGGUCACCGGGCUGCUGGACCACUUUGAGACCCGGAAGACUCUUAUCCUCGUCUUGGAGUUGUGCUCAUCAGAGGAGCUGCUGGACCGCCUGUUCAAGAAAAGUGUGGUGACCGAGGCUGAGGUCAAAGUUUACAUCCAGCAGCUUGUGGAGGGGCUGCAUUACCUGCACAGCCAUGGCAUCCUCCACCUGGACAUAAAGCCCCCCAACAUCCUGAUGGUGCAUCCUGCCCGGGAAGACAUUAAAAUCUGUGACUUUGGUUUCGCUCAAAAAAUCACCCCAGCAGAGCCGCAGUAUAGCAUGUAUGGCUCCCCUGAGUUUGUCUCCCCUGAGAUCGUCCAGCAGACCCCUGUGAGCCAGGCCUCGGACAUCUGGGCCAUGGGGGUGAUCUCCUACCUCAGCCUGACCUGCUCAUCCCCGUUUGCGGGCGAGAGUGACCGUGCCACCCUCCUGAAUGUUCUGGAGGGGCGGGUGUCUUGGAGCCACCCCAUGGCUGCUCACCUCAGCGAGGAUGCCAAGGACUUCAUCAAGGCCACACUGCAGAGGGCCCCAGAGGCCCGGCCCAGUGCCUCUCAGUGCCUUGCCCACCCCUGGUUCCUGAAUUCAGUGCCUGCAGAGGAGGCCCACUUCAUCAACACCAAGCAGCUCAAGUUCCUCCUGGCCCGAAGCCGCUGGCAGCGUUCGCUGAUGAGCUACAAGUCCAUCCUGGUGAUGCGCUCCAUCCCUGAGCUGCUGCAGGGCCCGCCCGACAGCCCGUCGCUCGGAGUGGCCCGGCACCUGCGCGGUGAUGCCGGCAGCUCCUCCAGCUCCUCCUCCUCCUCCGACACCGAGCUUGCCCCAUUCGCACGCGCCAAGUCGCUGCCGCCCUCCCCGGUGACCCACUCCCCGCUGCUGCACCCUCGGGGCUUCUUGCGGCCCUCGUCCAGCCUGCCGGAGGAGGCUGAGGCCUGCGCACCCGAGGCGGCCACAGCUGCAGCCCCGCCCGCGUCACCCCAGGGUGCAGGGCCGCCGGCCUCCCCUGGCUGUGUGCCCCGGCACAGCGUCAUCCGCAGCCUGUUCUACCAGCAGGCGGGCGAGGGCCCGGAGCGCAGGGACCCGGCCCUGGGGAGCAGGCGGCACCCGGCCCGGCGGCGGCACCUGCUGAAGGGUGGAUACAUCGCAGGGGCCCUGCCUGGCCUGCGCGAGCCGCUGCUGGAGCACCGUGUGCUGGAGGAGGAGGCCGCCAAGGAGGAGCAGGCCACGCCGAUGGCCAAAGCAUCCUCCUUUGAGACUGCCCUGCGGCUGCCUGGCUCCGGAACCCGCGAGGUCCCUGGCCGCAGCCACUCACUGGACCAGGACCCACCCAGCACCGCCAGCCCCUCCUCAGAGGCCUGCUGCGAGGGACAGUGUCCACUCCUGGCCCCUUCGGGAGUGGCUCACGGGGGCUCUGCCAGGGAGAUGGGGCAUCCCAAGGAGCCCCUGCAGGUGCCGAAGCUACUUCCAUCCACUCAUAGAGACGCGGGCUCUGCUCAGCCAGAGGCGCCCUCCCAGGACAGCCACCAGGAGCAGCCAGCCCCUUUCUGUGACCCUGAGGGGGGUUCUGCCCCCCAGGAGGGCUGUGGGGCUCCCUUGGUUGUUGCACCACAGUCCCCUGGCUCUUUCCCUUCGAGGUCAUGCAAGGAGGCCCUCUUGGCACCCUCGAGACCUUUCCUCUUGGGAGAUCCCCAAAUGCCACCCUCCCCAACCCAGGCAAGCCCCCCGCCAGGCUCUAAGGUGGAGCCGGAGGAAAGCUCUCUUCCCAGGAUGCCACAGCCAGGCCUUUCCAGUGCCCCAGGGCCAGCGUCCCAGGUGGGCAUGGAGUCUGGCCCCUCUCUGGAUGCUGAGGGCUUGUCCCAGGAGGCCGGAGGCUCAUCUGAUUCGACACCCACCCUGCAGCAUUCUCAGGAACAGGCGACCACCCGGAAGUUCUCCCUGGGGUGGCGUGGGGGUUACGCGGGGGUGGCGGGCUAUGGCACGUUUGCCUUUGGUGGGGAUGCAGGGGGCAUGCUGGGGCAGGGUCCCCUGUGGGCCAGGAUGGCCUGGGCUGUGUCCCAGUCCUCAGAGGAGCAGGAUGAGGUCAGGGCCGAGAGCCCACUGCCCCAGGCCAGCGUGGAACCCAUGCCUGAGGCCAGUAGGGUACCCCCAAGGGCCUCCCCAGAGCUGACCUCAUGGGAGGAUGUUGGGCAAGUCUCCCUGGUGCAGAUCCGGGACCUGUCGGGUGACGCAGAGGCAGCUGACACCAUAUCCCUGGAUAUUUCUGAGGUGGAUCCCGCCUACCUCAACCUCUCUGAUCUGUACGACAUCAAAUACCUGCCCUUUGAGUUCAUGAUCUUCAGGAGGGUUCCUAAGCCCACGGAGCAGGAGCAGGAGCUGCUCUCCCCUGAGGCUGAGGCCGGGGAGGAGCUGGCAGAGGUCCCGGAAGCCAUGUGGCCCUGGCCGGGUGAGCUGGGCCCACGCGCCAACCUGGAGAUCACAGAGGAGCCAGAGGACAUGGAGGCCCUGGUGGGGGAGGCCACCAUGGGCAGGAAACGCAAGUGGCCCUCCCCCACACGCAGCCUCUUCCGCUUCCCCGGGAGGUACCUGCCACUGGAAGAGCCCACGGAGCUCAGACUGCACCAGCGGGUGAAGGCCUCUGUGGCACACAUCUCCCGGAUCCUGAAGGGCAGGCCAGAAGGUCCUGAAAAGCAGGGGCCCCCCAGGAAGAAGCCAGGUCUAGCUUCCUUCCGGCUGUCGGGUCUGAAGAGCAGGGACCAAGCACCGUCAUUCCUAAGGGAGCUUUCGGACGAGACCGUGGUCCUGGGCCAAUCGGUGACUCUGGCCUGCCAAGUGUUAGCCCAGCCAGCCACCCAGGCCACCUGGAGCAAAGAUGGGGCCCUCCUGGAGGGCAGCAGCCGCCUCCUCAUCUCCUCCACCCUCAAGAAUUUCCAUCUUCUGACCAUCCUGGUGGUGACCGCCGAGGACCUGGGAGUGUACACCUGCAGCGUGAGCAACACGCUGGGGACUGCGGCCACCGUGGCUGUCCUCCGGAAGGCAGAGCGCCCCUUAUCCUCCCCUUGCCCGGACAUUGGGGAGGUGUAUGCAGACGGGGUGCUGCUGGUCUGGAAGCCCAUGGAGUCCUAUGGCCCAGUGACUUACAUCGUGCAGUGCAGCCUGGAAGGUGGCAGCUGGACCACGCUGGCCUCUGACAUCUAUGACUGCUGCUACCUCGCCAGCAAGCUUUCUCGGGGUGGUGUGUAUGCCUUCCGGACGGCAUGCGUCAGCAAGGCAGGAAUGGGCCCCUACAGCAGCCCCUCGGAGAAGGUCCUCCUGGGAGGGCCCAGCCACCUGGCCUCUGAGGAUGAGAGUAGCCAGGGGCGGCCGGCCCAGCCCCUCCCCAGCACACAGACCUUCACCUUCCAGACGCAGAUCCGGAGGGGCCGCUUCAGCAUGGUACGACAGUGCCGGGAGAAGGCCAGCGGGCGGGCGCUGGCUGCUAAGAUCAUCCCCUACCGACCUGAGGACAAGAUGGCCGUGCUGCGUGAAUACGAGGCCCUCAAGAGCCUGCGCCACCCACACCUGGCCCAGCUGCAUGCUGCCUACCUCAGCCCCCGGCACCUGGUGCUCAUCUUGGAGCUGUGCUCUGGGCCUGAGCUGCUCCUCUGCCUGGCUGAGAGGGCCUCCUACUCAGAAUCUGAGGUGAAGGACUACCUAUGGCAGAUGCUCAGUGCCACCCAGUACCUACAUGCCCACUGCAUCCUGCACCUGGACCUGAGGUCCGAGAACAUGAUCGUCACUGAGUACAACCUGCUCAAGGUCGUGGACCUGGGCAAUGCACAGAGCCUCAGCCAGGAGAAGGUGCUGCCCUCGGAGAAGUUCAAGGACUACCUUGAGACCAUGGCCCCGGAACUCCUGGAGGGCCAGGGAGCCGUUCCGCAGACAGACAUCUGGGCCAUCGGUGUGACAGCCUUCAUCAUGCUGAGCGCCGAGUACCCGGUGAGCUGGGAGGGGACCCGCGACCUGCAGAAAAGCCUCCGCAAGGGUCUCAUCCAGCUGAGCCGCUGCUACGCGGGGCUGUCGGGGGGCGCUGUGGCCUUCCUGCGCAGCACGCUGUGCGCCCAGCCCUGGGGCUGGCCCUAUGCAGUUGGCUGUCCACAGCACCGGUGGCUGACGGAGAAGGGCCUGGCCGGCUCCUGGUCUGCACCCAUGAUCCCCACUGCAUGGCUGCGUGAACAUGGGAAGAGGUGGGUGCAGCAGUACAAGAGGCACAACCUGGCCCAGGCAUGCUGA